AUGAGGCUGAACGCACAGUCAUCUUCGGGGAUCUUUCCUGGCGCUGAGCUUGCAUGCGCCGCCGCGUCCGAUGGCGUCAUCGAGAGGUGGCAGAAGGGAGCCCUAGGAGUGCAAGCUGCACCGCACCCCAGAUGCCGCCCCUACGUCAUUGUGCCCAUUGUUGUUCCACCAGCAACACCUCCCGCAGAUACGCAAAUGCUUGACGACUACGAUGUCACUGCGUUGCCGAACGUACCUGACAUCAUCUGCCAAGCAUCUCGACCAGGCAAAGAAGACGAUGGAGGCUGCAGCGUUGUCUUCUUUUGUCCUGGACUGCCCAAUCCAUCUGGCACAAUCGCGGUGGUGCUGGACGCAUUCUGCUUCAUGACACAGGCCAUCCGCGAGACACGGUGCAAACGACAACAGCACCACCAGCUAACAAGGACGGCAACUGAGUGCAGCUGA